UUCCAAGCAAAGAAAAAGAAAGACCUUAGACUUUACAAAAGGAGAAAAAAGUAACAUUUCAGACUCCAAAAAACAAGCGCCAUUUUCAGGACCUUUUCUUUUGGAUAAAAAUGGGUGAUCAUCUGGUUUUAUGUGUGGACCGUCUCAUAACUCCUGAAAGUUUGCAAUCAAUGCAAGAAGCUGAUGCGGCAGGCUCUUCUGGUGAAGGUUCUUCUCAAGUAGCUGAGCUACAUGCUUGUGCUGUUGAUGUUAAGGAAGUGGAAGAAUAUAGUUCCUGCGAUGAAGAAUAUCCACUUAUCCAGACAGUUGAAUGCCGAAUCUGCCAGGAGGAGGACAGCAUUAAGAAUUUGGAGACACCUUGUGCAUGCAGUGGCAGUUUGAAGUUUGCCCACAGGAAAUGCGUUCAACGUUGGUGCAAUGAGAAAGGAGAUAUAACCUGUGAGAUUUGUCAUCAGCCUUACCAACCAGGAUAUACUGCGCCACCACCUCCUCCUCAGUCAGAGGAUGCCACAAUUGAUAUCAGUGAGGGUUGGACAAUCUCUGGUGCUCCUUUGGAUUUGAGUGACCCUCGAAUUUUAGCAAUGGCAGCUGCAGAACGCCAUCUUUUGGAGGCAGAUUAUGAUGAAGAUGCUGAUACCAAUGCUAGCGGAGCUGCAUUUUGCCGCUCUGCUGCCCUAAUUCUAAUGGCUCUUCUACUUUUGAGGCAUGCUCUCUACCUAACCAAUGGAGAUGGGGAUGAUGAAGCAACUACAUUUUUCUCUCUUUUCCUGCUUCGUGCUGUGGGCUUUCUUCUCCCAUGUUACAUCAUGGCCUGGGCCAUCAGCAUAUUGCAGCGCCGAAGGCAGAGACAGGAAGCAGCGGCUGUUGCAGCAACUGAAGUUGCAUUUCUGAUACAGGCAGGGCAACGCAGGGGUAUACAGUUCAAUAUAGCACCAGGACCUGCAGCAACUCCUCGUCAGGAGCCACUUCAAUAAUGUGACAGUCCUUUUCUCUGGUAAGAGGCUAUGGUGGUGAAGAGGGUUAGUUUAGUAAUGAAACUAUGGGUAAAUUGUUUUACUCAUUCUACUAGCAGUGAAAGAAAACAAGGUGGUUGUGUUCCUCGCAUUUGUUAUGUUGUAUGUCUAAUUGUUAUUUCAGAAAACCCUGAUGAUUUUUUUUUUCCUACUUAUUUGAAGGCAUCAAUGUCACUGUUUAUGUUUGUACAUAAAUCUUGAAUCUCAUUCCCUCAUUUUCACUGCAUGAGGAACUUGGAUUACUGGAUUUGUUGAAUAUAAUUCCAAACUUGCUUGGAUGCUCCAGGUUUUCCUUUUGAAAACUCUCUCUUAUCUUUUCAUGUUUAACUCAUCCAAUCUUGUCAUAUUGCAAAAGUUUUUGCCUUAUGUAUCAUGUUUAUGAAGAUGAAUGCACCAGUUGAUUGCUCUCGUUACCAUCAUUUGCUGGUUUCUUGUCUUUGUUGUUAUAAUCUUUCUAGCUGCUACUGUCAAGCGACUAUUAGCUUGGUUUAAACUGUUGUUAAAUCUUUGGUACCUAGGGGAAAUCAGGUGGCACAAAAUUAAUCAACAGCAUCCUAAUGUAUUCAAAAGUCCUGUUUUAGAUGAUGUUGCAUCUUUUCUUCAUUCUUGUGUUGUAGAUGCUUCCACUUUUAUGAGCUCUGAAAUUGCUUUUAAAUUUCAAUUUUGCGGGCUUCAAUGGGACUUCUAUAGUUACUACUUCUGUACUAUUGUAUCUGUUUUUCACUGUUUUUUGGUUCAGCAUUACUGGUAUUACAUUU